AUGUCGCUUACAGCAACAGAAUUGAAUUACCUCAUUUGGAGGUAUCUUCAAGAGGGUGGAUUGGAAGUGAGCGCGUAUGCUUUGCAAGAUGAGACCAAAAUAAACGAAUACGACGAUAGGUACGGCGAUAGAAUUCCACUUGGGUGUUUGGUGGACCUCGUUCAGAAGGGCAUUUUGUAUUACAAGGUGAAUGAUAUGAUUCAAAAAGGUGGUGAGAUUGCCUCUGAAGAUAUCAUAAACAUGAAUUUCAAUCUUUUGAAUUCAAUAUCCCAGUCGUCUGAUGGAGUUGAAGAACGCAGAAUUGAGCCUACCUCAGCGAUCGCUAAUAAUACUUCACAACCAGUUCCAUUGAUCGCGAAGAAUGGGAGGAUGGAGGACGAUAAUGAUUUCACCGUGGUGCUGAAAAACAGCUUUGUUUUUCCAGCUAGUCUGGCGAGCAGCUGGCAUCCCCAACAGCCGAACAUGUUGGCUUGGGGACAGCGAGAUUCUACCUCUAUUAUAUGCAGUCUCACCUGGGAUGACUCUAGUAAAGCUCUUAUCCCACAAUCGCAACCGCUUCCACAUCCACCAUCCUGCAAAGAAACUGUCUCUAUCUCUUGGAGCCCCAAAGGCAAUACGUUAAUGACUGCGUCUGAAAAUGGAGAGCUUCGUCUGUGGGACUCCAAUGGUUCAAUAAGAUUUAUUAUGGCGCUACAUCGUUCUCCAGUGCUGACAAUACGAUGGUCGCCUAAUUCCGCAUAUCUACUAACCCUCGAUAUCACUAACAAAGCAGUGGUGUGGGACUCUCAAACUGGACAAUCAAUUCAGCAUAUUGCUGACCUGUCAACAGAUAAUACAGACAAAUGUUUAGGGACCGAUGCAUGUUGGAUAGACGAUACCAAGUUCGUGCUACCGGGCUUAGAUUAUUCGUUAUAUGUUUACCAACUGGGAGAUAGCCAACCGAUCGGUGUCCUCGCGGGACAUACUGAUACUGUCUCUCUUAUAAUGUACAAUAGCGAGCUCCGCCUUUUAUGCUCCGCAUCCGACGACCAAACGGUAAGAAUAUGGAAAGGAAACUCCAUCAAUUCCUUACAAGUGUUGACGGGUCAUUCGCAACCUCUCACUUAUGUCAGCUGGUGCAAACUGGAAGAUGGAAAUUGGUGUGUUGUCACCUGUUCACUAGACGGGUCUCUCAAAAUUUGGGACUUUUUCAGGAAUAAGGUACUGGACUCUCGGAUAGUUGACAAUGGCUCCCCAAUAUUAGUGGCCUCUUUGUCUCCUGAUAGCACUAAGCUGGCUACUGGAGACUCUGAUGGUAACAUAAUGUUCUGGGCUAUUACCGCCACGAGGAAAUUUAAGCAAUUGAGCUAUUAUCAGCCUGGUGAGGUUGAAAACUCCAAUUUCGUAUCUACCAUCGACUGGAACUCCACUAGCACCCAAAUAUCCGUCGGAUAUAGUGGAACUUCAAGUUGUGUUGUCAAGAUUGUAUAACAGUCCGCGUUCUCGUGUGAGCAUUGUAAUAUUUGAGUGUACAUAUUAUCGUACCUUAUUGUUUAUGAUUGAUUAUUUAUACUCUGAUUGAAUUUUCUCCUCUUCUCUGUGGCAUAUUUCCACGAUCUGAGCACUCCUGCUGUCAAAACCCCCUUGAGGCUUUGAAUCAAGGCCGGCCUCAGAACGGUCUCCUUAACUGUGUCUUUGAGAGAAUCGACGAGCAAAUCAUCAUUCGCAACGUUUCGAAUAAAUGGUGAGUUUUUCACCUUAUAUGUGUUUGGGAGAUAAUUCCAGUCCUCUACUGGUAUCUGAUUCAAGCUCGCCUCUUCGGAAAGCUGCUGAAGAUCCAAGAACGACAGCUCUGCGGCUGCUUUCACCGGCUUCAAGUCAGCAAGCUGUUGAUUUGGAGCAAUGAUUCUUUUUGCAAAUAAAUCCGAAGCAAGGCUAGACUCGUAUUUGGAGCUAUACUUGGACAAUAGACGUCUUCUAAACGUACUUGGCAAAUCAGCGAUUAUUUCGGCAAUGCUUUGCGAGUCCAAGUUCACUUUGAAGCGAUGUUCAGCACUUUCUGGAGCAGUAAUUUGUUGGACAACCUUUGGAAAAUAGUUUCUGAGAAGUGGAAGGUACAUUUCUCUGAAUUGCUCGAACUGGUUAGUAACAAUUUUGUCCACUUUGCGAACAUCCUCGCCCCUUGCCUUUAACCUUGGAUCCCCCAAGUAGCUUAGCUCCGCAAUUUGAUGAUACAGUCCGUAUUCUGAAAUCUCAGUUUUGUUGGUCAAGAGCAGUGACAAUUUGAUAGCAUUUGUCAGAUUAUACUGAUUCAAUAGACAAAUUUUAGGAGCGUUUCUCACCACAGCAACAGGCUUGUGCAAUCUUCCACUAAGAUACAUGGUGUCCCAGUUUAUGAGAUCAUUGAUCAACGUGUUCAUAGAAGUGACCCCAUACUUGAGCUCGAAAUUCGUGUCUACCUUGCUUCGUUUGAAAUUGAGCUUAACAAAAGGAUUGAAAUACACCCCUGCUCCUAACUCACCAAUUUGAGAUACUAUACUUGAACCCAAGUGUCUCAGGCUGGAAUAAUGAUCAGGAUUCUGGGCGAUGUUCAGCGAGUGCCAGUGAUCAGGAUAUGAAACUGCAUAUAUCAUGUCAACUUGAGAAUUCGAAGACUUCGUUGAACCUUGAUCAAAAACUUUAGAUCCGUACCCAAAGGCAUACCUUAUCGGUGCGUUAAAUUCCCAAACAACUUUCCGCAACAAAUCAUUAACAUCGGAAUCCUUAGAAACCAGUUGAUUUGCACCGAAUUUAUAUGGUAACUGAUUAGCAUUCUUCAAAUCUUUUAAAUUUCUCAAGUAGUAAUUAAAGUUGAUCGGUGUGGACUGCAACUUCAACAAAUUUUCAUCCAAGACCUUGAACUUAUCCUUCUGCUGAAUGUUAGCGAGCCGCUGUCGAAGCGCAAAUGAACCGUGUUGAGGUAAGAUCGAUGUCUGGGGCUUAUUGUUCCGAAACAGCUUAUCCAACAGCACAGGAUCAAUUUCGCUCGUAGAAAUGUAUGAGCCGGAAUUGGAGGACUUCCCAUCAGGGCUUUUGGACGAGUUAAAACGCAAAGGGCCCUGACGACACAUCAUUCUCGAGCUUCUUGUUCUUAAAGCCAACAUUUUUGAUUUCGAUGAAUAUUUCUCAAAUAAAUCAGCUUAACAACUCAUGUGACUGACUCCGGUAUCAAAUACUAAUAGUUGGUUUGCUUCAGAAGAAUCAAUGAACAGCUUUAAAUAUCUAAGUG